CAGUCUUGUGUCACACCCCCAGUCUGUGACUGUGAGCACAUAAAGCUGUUUUACAUCAUUUGACUUGUAUAGUUCACCGUAUUCACCUGUGGCUGUAUAGUUUGGUUAGGAUUUAAAACGACAAGUUUGUCAUUUGGAUUUAAAACACGUUUUGAAUGCGGAUACUUCAGGUGAAGCCGACUGGAUAUUGCCGCUUUCUCCGUCAGAAUGAUUUAAAUAGCUACUUUACUUAUUAAAACGAGAGAUUUUUGUCUUUUAAAACGAAGGGAAACCAUUUCAGUCACCUGUGACAUUUGACAGUAGAUAAAGCUUCUCAUCCCGGACUAAAUCGAAUUAGAGGCACAUAUGUGAGAGACCGCAAGCGACAAUGUCUAAGACGCAGAAAUCAGAGUCCAGGUCUCGCUCUCGAUCGGCCUCCAGAUCAAGAUCCCAUUCUGAUUCCCGCUCACGCUCCAGAUCGCAAAGCAGCUCUAGAUCUAGAUCCAGGAAGCGCAGAUACGGCUCUAGGUCUCGCUCUCGGUCAAGAUCCCAUUCUCCGUCCCACAACCGGGAGCGGAACCACACACGGGAGUACCAGAACCAACGGGACUUUCGAGGCAACCACAGAGGCUUCCGGAGGCCGUAUUACUUCCGGGGCAGAGGUCAGGGCUUUUUCCGUGGCCGCUUUCAGCGCGGUGGAAGGGGUGGAUAUAAUAACUACCGUAACAAAAACUGGCAGAACUUCCGGCAGCACCCUCAGCAGCAACAGCAGCAAUACCACGCCAACAGCCCCAAGAGGGGACGCUCGCGUUCUCGCUCUCCCAAGAAGCAGUCAAAGAGUCCACAGUCCCGCAGCCAUUCCCGCCGCUCUGACAGGUCGUCCUCGGGGAGAUCGCCACAGUCGCACCAUUCUUCCUCCUCCAACUCUGGGUCUGCCAAACGCAGUUGCAAAAAUGCAAGAGAGGACAUCUCUGUGGCCGAAGCAACCCGAGGAGGAGGAGAUGGGGGUGUGGCAGAGCAGGUGGGAGGCUCUCCUGUGGCCGAAGGGAACUCUGAUGGAGACAGGACUGUGGAGAACUGUCAGGUUUUGGUGAACCAUGACACUAGUCCUAAAAAGGCAAGUCCGCAGGUUUGCUCCACUGUCACUAGUGACCAACCGAUUGACUCUGCAACCAACGAGACAAGUCCUGCUCAUAAUGCUCCUGAUCGAGGUGCAACCAACUGGCAGAAAGUUGAAACUGCACCUUCAAGCACCAGCCCCAAAAAGACAAGCCUUACACCAGUUUUCAAUGGUUUUGGGCUCUUUACAAAUAUUGACCAACAGACAGAUGAUACAAUCGCCAUCUCGGCUGCGUUUUUGAAAUUCCUGAAGGAGCAAGAGCUUAAAAAACAGGCCUCUGCAUGGGACGACAACACACUUAAAGGGAAAAGUAAUGGAGAUAUAGUAUGUGAUAAAGAAAAUGGAGAAAUGUUUGAAAAGGGCAUUGAGUUGUCUCACGUUGUAAAUCACGACAACGCAGGAGAGAAGGAGAAAACCAAAUCCGCCAAGAGUGCUGAUGGUAACAAGUUAUACAUAAGCUCCACUAAAAGGGGUUCACGAAACGGCCCGACAUUUCUGUACGAGGAUGAUGAGGACGAUCCUGAAGAUAUGGAGAUCUCUGAUAGGGUGAGGGAUGUGGAAAACGAUCCCUCCAAAAACAAAAGCAAAGUCACGCUGUCCGCUCGUGAAAUGUUCGAGACGCGUAUCAGGAGGAUGCAGGACAUGGCAUGGGAUGAUGAGCUGGAAGCUCUCCUGCUCUGCCAUAAACAGGAGCGAGCAGCCAAUAUCCUAGCUGCUCUCUCUAAGAGAGACCAACUCGGUGGCAUGUUUAAGGAUCCCUCACCUGAAAAGCUGUCUAAUGUGAAACGAAAGGAGAAAACCACACUGAGUUCCUCUUCUAAACCCACACUGCUGCCCAGGAGGAGCUCUGAGAACCGUGAGCAAGAGAUGUUUGUGGUUAUGAACGAGGAAUCCCCACCAAGAGCUUCAAUGAAAAGAGGAAGUGAAUUCAGUGUGAGGAUGGAAUCUCUAAGUGAUGAUCUUGCAAGAACAUCUGUUUUGACCAAUGAAAGAAGGAAUCUUCUGGAGUUUUUGCAUCUUGAUAAGAAGGAUUGGGAGUUUCAGUCUGUCCUUCAGCAUCUUCAGGCUCAGUCACCCAAAAGCCCAUCUGAGCUGUUUGCCCAACACAUAGUUUCAAUUGUCCAUCACAUUAAAGCUCAAUAUUUUCCUUCCUCUGGAUUGACCCUAAAUGACCGAUUUGCCAUGUACCAGAGAAGAGCUGCUGAGAAAGAAUUCAUGAAGCAGAGAAAGAGUCCAGAGAUACACAGGAGAAUUGAUGUUUCUCCCAGUGCUUUUAAGAGGCACUCUCUUCUGUUUGAUGAGAUGAAAAGCUCCAUGGAAAACAGCUUCAAGGUCGAUGGUAAAAAAUCGAAAGGUGAUUCAAUGGACCUUCGCCUGGAUAUCGAGCGCAGAAAGAAAUACUUGAGUGGAGAGAGAGAGCACAGAGAGGACGAGUACGGAGGAAGAGUACUGAGGGAAUCUCCAGAUUCAAGCAAGGAAAUACCCACUGAGAAAAUCUCAAAGAGCCACAAAAAACCGAAGAAAAGCAAGAAGAAGCGGGAGCACUCUGAGUCAUCUUCCUCAUCUUCAUCAUCUUCCUCUGUUUACCAAGAAGAAGAGACUGAGAUCAAGGCAGAAGGCUUUUCGAAAAUGCAACAGGGGCUUAGAGAUUAUGCAGAGUCUGCAGAAAGAGGACGGGCACGAGGAGGCUUUCAGCUAAGAAUACGCGGUAGAACCUGGAACCGAGGAAAUUUCCAUGGAAGCAGUAAUGGUGAUUCACAGAUGAACAUGACAGCAAAGAAUGACGACUGGGAUCAGGAAUACACUCCCAAGAGCAAGAAAUAUUUCCUGCACAGUGAAAAAGAUGGAGAAGCUGAGAAGAAGGUGACGGACACACAAGGGCGUGGUCGCGGUAAUAUUAUUCGCACAAAGGGACGUUUCAUCCUCCGGAGGGCCACAAAUACCAACACCACCAAUAAUACGAGUCCUAAAUGGGCCCAUGAUAAAUUCCAGGCCACUGAUGAUGAUGAUGAGGGUGAACAGCAAGGAGAGGAUGUAGACCAGGACCAGUGAGAACCGGGCAGUGAAGAUGUUAAGAUCCCUCAUCAUGCUUUAAACCCUGGGAAAAGACUUGCCAGCCUUCACACUUUCAAGAAUGGAUAUAAUAUCCAUCCAUAUGCAUCUAAAACUUUUUCAUAGGAAAGAAGUUUUUUUAUUGUAUUGCUUUGAUUUCCUAUUUUCGUGAUGAUGCUUCAGCUUGGUUGUGAUUUGUGCUAACAUUUUUUUUUGUACAUGCAAAUUCACACGCCUUCAUAGAAAAACAUAUUAUAGAGUUUAAACAAACUUUUUUCUCAGAAUUGUGAGAAAAACUCUAAGAAAAAAAGUCAGAAUUGCAUGAUAUAAACUCACAAUUCAAAAAGAUUAUAUUGUAACUUUUUUGUCAGGAUUGUGAGUUUAUAUCUCCUUCAAAAAUCCUUCAGAAUUGGAUUUUGAGUUAUGAGGAAAAAGUCAGAAAAUUUAUAUAUAUCGCAAUUCUGACUUUAUAACUUGCAAUUGUGUUUAUGUCUCACAAUUUUGAGAAAAAAGUCAGAUUUGUGAGUUUGUAUCACGCAAUUCUGGGAAAAAAAAGUCAGAACUGUGAGAUAAAAAGUCACAUUUACCUAAGAAGAAAUAUAUAUUUUUUUUUAUUUGUGUGUGAAUUUUGAUUGAAUGUUGUUUAAAAUACAGUACAAUUCAAUAUAAUACAAUAGAUAUAUAGUUUAUUGGCCACUCUGCUUUCUAGAUGUUCAUAUCAGACAUUAAAAAAAAAAAAAAACAUUUCAGUCAACCACUAGUUCAAAGGUUAGGUGCCUUCGAUUGUGCCAUAGUGCCUUAAGUGUAGAAUACCGUAUAGAAUUACAGCUGGUUAUGUACUCAAUGCUGUUAAAAAAAAUAGAUGUACAUAUUAAUGUUUUGUGUGUCUACCUAUAGAAACGAAGAUCAUGACUUAAUAACUUGUAUGAAUGACCCAGUCUCGCUAUGGGACCAAACUACAGCAGGUAGAUAUUCAUGUCCCGGUGAAUGACAUGUGGGAAAAAGAAGAUUUACAUUAAUCAACUGCUAGUCAAAAAUGUCAACUUUGAAACUGGACAAACAAAGAAACAGAGAAAGUUGGAAACACAUGCACUUAUAAAUGUUUUGAAUACUGUUAGCAUUUAUUGGAGUGCAAGUUUUUGACAAUAAGUGUGUGCAUACUGUUUUAUUAUGGCUUUUCUAAUGUGUGUCUUUGUCUUUAAAUCGUAUGCCUUUUUCUAUUGCCUAAGCACCUUGUUUAGAUCAUUUUGGCAUUUAGAUACUAACAAAAAGGUCAUGUUUUGGGGAAUUUGUUUUGAAGUUAAAGUAAAAAGAAUAUCAUGUGGGGAAGUGAAUAAUUUACAUUCAUACUCAAAAUUGGAUUUUAGCCGUCUGGGUUUUUAUUUGCACUGUGUUUGAUAUAUACAUUUUGACUUGCAUUUAUAUACUCACAUUCGGAAAGAAUAAAAAUGCAGCAAUUUUA